AGUGACACUGAGACGAGACAACAGAAUCACAACAGUAGAUUAAACUUGAGCUGGAUAAAAAUCACCCAGGAAUUGAAGAUGAAUUAUCUGUUCUCAUACUUCUUAUUGUUUCUAAGGACUUCAUGUGUAUUUUCUUGGCUUGUCGGGAAAUGUAUCGUAUACAACGAUGUGGUGGAAGAAUUUCCUUAUGAUAGAUCAUGUAUCAAAAAACCAAACACUGCAUUCUGCAUUCCAGUCACUGAUAUUAAAGAGGACCUCCGAAGACUUCCAUCAAAUUUACAGAACCUCUGCAUUGAAAUGGAAUAUGAGUAUAUUGGUGUCUUGGCUCCAGGUUCAUUUUCACGCUUCUCUUCUCUGGAAUACCUUGAAAUUUCUGGAUGUUUGUCCAAGAUCUCCCCAGAAGCUUUUACUGGAUUGUUAAAUUUAAGAUUUUUGGAGUUGUCUUCCACCUUAAGAGAACGCUGUUGUGAAGCAGCUGUUGAUUUCAGUGGUCUUCGUUCACUUAAAACUUUGUCUCUUUCACAAUAUAAUUUGUCAUCAAUGGCACCAAAUGUUUUUGAUACAAUUCCUCAGUUAGAGAUAUUAAGCAUAGUCGAUGUGUGUUUAAAAGAUCUGUCUGAGAUUCUGUGUCGACUGGGAAGUUUAAAAUCACUAAAAGUGUUUUAUCUCAAUGAGCAAGUUUUAAAAAGUCUUCUGUUCCCACACUGCUCCCUUUACAACACCUCUUACAGUAACACAUCUAUUGUAUACAAUAUUGAAGACGUUCAUUUGAGUUUAAGAUCAAUAGAGCACAUAGAUGAAGGGGCUUUGAAAGUUUUUGGAAAUUUAUCGGAUCUGGAUUGUGGUUUCAGAUCAGAUUUUCUCAGAGAUCUUUCUAUGACUGGAGUAAAUAAAAUCAAUAGCUUGCAUAUUUCUGUGGAUGUACUUAACAUGGAUGAGUUGUGUUACGCAGCAAAGCUAUAUUCUAUUAAAUCUCUAUAUGUUAAUUACCAGACUAUUAACUUGCCAGCUAAGUCUACAAAUAUCUCUGAAGGCUGUAAGGAGAUUAUACACAUUUAUCUCAAUCUAGUCAGAUUUUCUACAUUUGUACCUUUAAACAUAAAUUUAAUCUUUCAGUUUUUCAGCAAUCUCUCAACAUUCUAUGUAAGUGAACAAGUGCUCAGUUCAAAUGAUUUUCGAUCUCUUUGUUUGUCCAAUCCACAGUUAGUCGAACAGCUGUCUCUUAUGAAUCUAAACUUUAAUAACAUAAAUAAAAUAAUUUCUCACCAGUUCAUGUGUUUCACAAAUCUUGAGCAUUUGGAAUUAACUUCAAGUAAUAUUUCCAGCAUAGAAGAUUUUGCUUUCAGUGGAUUAGACAAACUAAAAAAUUUAAACCUCUUUAGGAACAAGUUAUCUUACAUUUAUCAAGACACAUUUAGUGGUCUAUAUGAACUGAUGGUCCUAAAUCUUCAAGAAAACCCUAUCAUUCAAAUUAAAUCAAAUUCAUUUGGACAUCUUAUUAACCUUUGCACACUUCUUCUGGGAGAUUUAAAGUUUUCACCUAACAUGUCACAGGUCAAGCUGCAUUUAUCUGAUAUAUUCGGAAGCGUCCCGUAUAAUCUGAGUCAUGUGUCAAUUAGUUCAGGCUUGAGACCAAUGCAGUUGAUCAUUGGUAAUAUAACACUGAAUCAAAGUCUUGACCUCCAAAUCAAAGGUCAAUAUGUGACAGUUGAGGAUUGUGACAGUCCACUCUUGACAUCUGUAGUCACACUUCAAAUAAAUGCAGAAUAUGUCAUCUGUGGAAAGGAGUUUAUUGGGAAAUAUGUUAAAUCAGUUGUUAAUCUGGAAUUCACAUCAAUGUUUUCAGACAAUAUUGGUGACUUAGCAGUAAUAAAUCAGCUUGUUCAUUUAAAAAACCUAAAGCUGGUAAACAUUGAUUUCUCAAAGCAGCCGAAUGUGCCAAUAAUGUUUCACAACUUGACAAAACUACAAACUCUGACCGUGGCAAACUGCAGAAUUUUCUUUUUGGAUGGAAGUCUGACAAAGGAUCUAAAGGCGCUGACAUCUCUGGUGUUUAGACCAUGGAAUGAUUUAAAAAUUCUUCCAACCUUUGUUGAACAGCUUACUAGUUUAAAAUUUUUCCAGCUCGAAGGGUUGCGAUUGCACUGCAGUUGUGAUAAUGCUUGGCUGAUCUCAUGGGUGAAUAACAGGCAGGUACAGGUUCUUAUGGAUAUGCCCACCAUGGAUGAACUUCAGUGUUUAACUAAGAAUGAAGUUGAACAUCUGAACUUUGUUCAUUACAUACAGGAGAACUGUUCAUUUGAUAUUGAAUUUGUGCUCUUCGCCUCAACUUCUGCUUUUUUAUAUUUGUUUAUGUUUGUAGCGUUGUCAUAUCAGUUUGUAGGGAAAUACAUAAUGCCUCUCUAUUAUAUUGCCAGCGGAUGGUUUAGAGAGGCGUUGCGUAUGGAUGCCAAACGGCAGUACCGCUACGAUGUUUUUAUUUCCUACAGCAGUAAGGAUGAGCGCUGGGUCAUGGAAAAACUUCUUCCAAACUUGGAGCAGCGUGGCCCUCCGUUCUUACGUCUCUGUUUACACGGUCGGGACUUUCAGUUGGGGCAAGACAUUGUGGAAAACAUCACAGACAGCAUCUAUGCAAGCCGCCGAACUCUUUGUCUUGUCAGCCGUAACUUCCUCCGUAGCACCUGGUGUACUUUGGAGAUGCAGCUGGGCACCUACCGGCUCCAGGUAGAACAGAGGGACAUUCUUAUCCUGGUCUUCUUAGAAAAAAUCCCCUCUCGCUUGCUAUCCUACCAUCACAGGUUGGCCAGGCAGGUAAAAACUAGGACCUAUCUGGACUGGCCAAUGGACACUGAGAAGCAUGAGGAAUUCUGGGACAGGUUAUGGUGUAAAUUGAGCUCUGAUAAAAGUAGCUAGACUUUACUUUACACUGUACACAUUUAGCUGUCAUGCACUCGCAUGGGCAUUUUUGUCCUUUUCAUUUUUUUGUCAUUUUGGUUGUGUUAAAGAAACACUAUGUAGUUUCCAUGUAAAAAUGACUUACAGCUCCCCCAUGUGGUUGAAAAGCGCAACAAUGCCUGGUAUCAGACACUCUUCUGCAGGCAGGGGGAGGGGUGGGGCUAUGUGCUCUACCCUCCACCGCCACUUUCAGAGUGUGCUUGUAGCAGCUAGGAGGCUGCUCAGGUUGCAGCAACAGUACAAUCUGUCCCGUUAAAAGUUGUUCUAUCACUGAAAUAAUUUUAGAGACAUUAUUUAAAGGUAAAAAAACUACAUAGUGUUGCUUUAAUGCCAACUGCAUACAUUUUGUUGAAGGUGUGUAUAUUUAUCUGUAUUUUUGCUUUCAUAAAUGUUUUUAUUUUAAAUGCGAAACACACUUAGGUGCUAAAGGACAAAAAUGUCCCCAUUGAAUACCAUUAUUUUAAUCUGCAAAUUUUAAACAUAAAUCAUGCAUUCUGUAUUAAAAUGCUUUUUUAAUGUGUGAAAUGUGAAAUGUGUUAUAUUAUUCCUUCUUUGCAUUGUUCUUCAUUUGUUAUUGGUUUUGUACAGUGUUAAACAUUUAUUUUAUUAUAUAAGUUCAGAAGCCCCUAUGUAAAUAUUAAUAAUUAUAUUUUAUGACCGU